CUAGUAUACCGUCUAACAUUUUUUGUGUGUCACCGAACAGAAACAAUAGUAGACAGAAAAAACACAAAGCAGAAAGAUGGGAGAGCGUUACUACCCUAACGAAAUGCCUGAAAAUUCAAUUCAAGAAAUGGCUCCUCCUGAAAAUGCAAAAGACUCACUCUCCAACCUUCUUUCUCUUCCUUAUGACACUAUUUCCAAAAGACUCAAAGAAGAUGCUCUUAACCUCAAAGAUGAAGUUGUCAGGGAGACAUGGGCAGCUAAAGGAAGACGUGUAUAUGACUAUACACUCUACACUGGUACUCUAGGGACUGCCUAUUUACUAUUUAAAUCAUACCAAGUUACAGGGAACAAGGAUGAUCUAUCUCUUUGCUGUGAAAUAAUUCAAGCUUGUGACGCUGUUUGCCAUGGUUCCGGACCACCUACAUUUGUAACGGGUCACGCUGGUAUUUAUGCUCUUGGUGCUGUUGCUGCAAAUCUUAGUGGUGAUGAUCACUUACAUGCUGAUUUUCUCACCAAAUUCAAGGAGAUUAAACUUACAAUAGAGCUUCCAAAUGACUUGUUCUAUGGCAGAGCAGGGUACUUAUGGUCAUGUUCUUUCUUAAAUGAACAUCUUGGUAAAGGCACCAUAUCCCUCUCCCAUAUGAGAGCAGUUGUGAAUGAACUCAUCAAGUCAGGUAGAAGACUGUCCAAGUUAGAAAAUCUGAAAUCGCCUUUAAUGUACGAGUUGAACGGGAAAAGGUACUGGGGAACUGCUCAUGGAUUAGCUGGUGUUGUACACGUUCUACUGGACAUGGAACUCAAACCAGAUGAGAUUGAAGAUGUUAAAGGUGCGCUACGUUACAUGAUCAAGAAUCGGUUCGAAAGUGGAAAUUAUCGUACAAGUGAAGGAGAUGAAUCAGAUGAUCUUGUCCAUUGGUGUCAUGGUGCUCCUGGUGUUGCUCUUACCCUUGCAAAAGCAGCUAAGGUUUUUGGUGAUGAGGAGUUUGAGAAAGCAGCCAUAGAAGCAGGGGAAGUAGUGUGGAGACGAGGUUUACUUAAACGAAUUGGGUUGUGUCAUGGAAUAAGUGGCAAUGCCUAUGUCUUUCUUUCACUAUACAGGCUAACAGGUAAAGAGGAGUACUUGUACAAGGCAAAAGCAUUUGCUUGCUUUCUCCAUGAUAGAGCUCAUACUUUUAUCUCUGAGGGUAUUAUGCAUCCGGGCGAUCAUCCCUUCUCCUUGUAUGAAGGCAUUGGAGGAAUGGCUUAUCUAUUUCUGGAUCUGCUUGAACCAUCUGAGUCUAAGUUCCCUGGCUAUGAACUUUAGGACGAAAACAAACAAGAUAUGACUGUGUAUGUGUGGAUGUUUUUUGUGUUUCUAGUGGCGUGUUUAAACUAAACAAGAAUGAUAUAGUCGUUCAUGUAUAUAGUCGUUUUGCUUUCUGUUUAACAGAUUUCGCUC